AUGGACCACAAGUCGUGGUCUCUGCCCGUAAAACGGGUUCCAGUUGCAGAGAAGCUUGAUCGCUCCGUGAUAUGGAACAAUGCUCGCCUGUGUUAUGAGCAACGAUUGUUUGGCCAGGUGACUUGUGUCAGGUACAACAAUGCCGGGACGACCGUGGGAUGCACCUCGACGAAUCAACUCACACUCUUGCGAGUACCCCAGACGGAAGGUGUGAUCGCCAAUGAGCAGCGUGAAAGAAAGUGUUUUUCUCUUCGAUUUCGGGAUGAUGACAAAAUGGCUCUAUUCGCUUUUAACCAGCGCGUUGUUGUUAGAUCCACUCAAACUGCCUUCGAGCGGCAAUUUUUGGGUCAUGUUAGGGAAGUCAGGGACGCUAUAUUUCUGGAUCGGCACAACUUUGUCUCGGGUAGCGAUGACACGACUGUAAGGCUUUGGGAUAUCAUGAACGAAAAUGCGCUGCUUGUCGGUAAAACGCAUACCGACUACGUUCGAUGCCUGGAGAAUUACUCGCCAGGUUGCUUCUUUAGUGGUUCCUACGAUCACACCAUUAAUUUAUGGGACACACGAGUUGGUUUUGAGCACCCCGUUCAAUCCAGUGAGCGUCGCAUUGGAAGUCCUGUAGAGGCAAUGCUGCACACUCAUGCACACACGCUGACUUGCACGGCGGGAGAUCAAGUCCUAUUGUUCGACAUGCGUAAGGGUCUUUCUACGGUCUUAUUGCAGGAAUCACACCAUACAAAGUCGGUGGUGGCCCUUGCAUUUUCAAAGGGAAAUAAUGUGCUUCUCACGGGGUCACUCGAUCAACGUGUCAAGAUUUUCUCCCUGGAGAAUGGGGGGCUGGAGCUGCUUGCGAGCAAAAAGUAUGAUGCACCAGUGACUGCCGUGGCGGUUCAUCCACGUUCAUCUGAGUUUGCCGUCGGCACUGCAGGGGGGGAUCUUCGUAUCAUGAGGCUUGAGGGCGCCUUUGACCAAAAAGGGGAAGAAGAGGAGGAGGAAGGCGUGGUGGUGGAGGCGAGAUUCGAAGGCAAAGAGGAAAAUAAACAAAACGACGUUUUGAGCACGAAGAUGCAUGAUGUGCGGCAGCAACUUGUGUCGUACCAGUACAAUCGGGCCCUAAAGACAGCUCUCUAUUCUCGUAACCCGGACGUUAUUGCGUCUACGCUGGAGGAACUUGUCCGUCGUGGUGCCCUACACGUGGCCUUGAGUGGCCAGAACGACCGAACAAUUGUGCGCAUCCUUCGCUUUUCGGUAAACCAUCUUGAUUCCCCUCAGUUUUGUGAGUCAAUGAUGAUUGUGCUCGACGUCAUCUUUGAAAUUUAUGCAACGUGUGUGGGAAAGAGUAGCUUCCUUUACAGAGAAAUGAUGAUUGCGCGUCUACGCUUGGGAGCUGUCCUCGCGACUCUUCAGCGAAUGGAGCACACCUUGAGCAUAAUGGAGCUAAUAGUAAACGACGUGUAA